UCUUCGAAUUUCGCCCAAUAUUUUCCUCGCCCAGAGCCUCUGGUAUUGGUCCUCAUAUGCGUCCGACAUAUGAAGCCUCUUCCGAAAUUAUUUCGUGAAGGAGCAUAAACUCGGACCGGCGGUGGCUCCCUACUUUGGGACAAGAACGUCACGUCACGUGGUUUUACACCGUACCAGGAAAUCCAACUCCGGUCAGAAAUCGCGGACUAUCGCAUCAGCACGCGACAACUCCCAAUCAACCCACUUGGACCAAGAAAGUAGCCGAAGCGCAGCGUAACCAGCAUUGGUUCAGCUCAGCGCAGCAACUACGGGGCAGGCAGCAUGACUGGAGAAGCCGAGAAAAAUACCGAACCUGCUUUGCAGGUCAUCGUCCUGGGGUCAGGCGGAGGGCCUCAGGAGCACAAUGUGACGGCACUGCUUGUCCGUUCAACAAGCUCAGGAUGGGGCCGAGGCUCUAUCGUUGCCCUCGAUGCGGGCGUCCAUUUAUCUGCAAUUAGACGAAUCCUUGAAGGGACACAGCCAAAAGGUCUAGGAGUUGAAGUCGCCUUGCCUCACAAGCUGGAGACUGGCCCGUUUGCGGGCAUGAAAGUGGAGUCGUCUUCUGCGGCAGCCAAUGCUGUCCAUAUUACGAGGUCCCUAAUAGACACAUACCUAAUUACACACCCUCACCUCGAUCAUAUCAGUGGGUUUGUUAUUAAUACCGCUGGCCUACCUGGAUCUCGACCAAAACGUCUUGCGGGCUUGCCGUCGACAAUCUCUGCCUUCAAAACGCACAUCUUUAACAAUGUGAUUUGGCCGAAUCUAUCCGACGAAAACAAUGGCGCUGGCCUAGUUACAUACAUGCGUCUCGUUGAAGGUGGCAGCCCUGCGCUUGGAGAAGGCGAGGGCAAGGGAUAUAUAGAAAUCUCGGAUGGCCUUGCUACGAAAAUAUACGGCGUUAGUCACGGUCAUUGUAUCGAAAAUCACAGCCAUCGUGGGUCGACCUCCUCGUCGCGUUUCGGGAGUACCGAUGUGUCUACCAUAUCGUCCAGGGGAGUCCCUGGCAGUAAUGCGGCUUCAGGACACUCACCCUUUUUCCGAACCUCAAGUAUGGCGUACUCGACGGGCAAUCAAGAUCGUCAUGAGGGGAUUUGUGUCUACGAUUCUAGCGCGUACUUCAUCCGAGACACAGCUACAGGACGUGAGGUUCUCAUAUUCGGAGACGUCGAGCCUGAUACUAUGUCUUUAUCCCCCCGCAAUCUGGAUAUCUGGAAAGAGGCAGCGCCGAAGAUCGUGAGCGGCCAACUUGCCGCAAUUUUCAUCGAGUGUAGUUACAGUGACAGUCAGACCAAUGACCGACUAUUUGGACACCUAGCCCCUCGCUUCAUCAUAGAGGAGAUGCAGGCACUGGCCCAGCAAGUUGAGAUCAGCCGCCGGAAUCCCAUUAAGCUCACAACGACUAAGAAGCGAAAACGAGAGCUGGAGGAAGCUGCCAGACGAGCAAACAAAGCUGCCACUAGAUCCACCGUCGACGACCACCCCGUUUCGCCCAAGUCGUUCAAGAUUACAACAAGGGGAUCGAUUUCCGGCUCCGGUGCGACAAGUGAGGAUGAUUUGGGACCCGAGACCCCGCACAUCGCGACACCUACUGACGAGUUGACGUUGAAGGAACUGAAUCCGACCGCAUCCGUCACUGUCCCGUCCUCACCUCAAAUGAAGAAUCCCCUGAGAGAGCUCAAAAUCGUCAUUAUUCAUGUCAAGGACAACUUUAGCGACGUCGAACCCGCAGGAGACAUGAUUCUAACUGAAUUGAUAGAGUACGAGAAGGAGGCUCAGCUUGGUUGCGAGUUUAUCAUAUCUCACAUGGGGCAGAGCUUCAUGUUCUAAAUCGUGUGUUUUUCAAGCACGGGGUUUCGGAGUUUGGGAGAGUCCAUCGUAAUAAGAGCCGGUGGAUCUCAAAGGGGUUAUUUUACUGUUUGUGUCCGAAGGAGUAUGCUUGUCUGGCUAUAAAGCAUAUAAUUUAGGUACGGAGUUUGGCAAUGUUCCAGGGCUGGGGUGACCCCUUGGCUAUAUUGGCUGGCGUCAUAUUUGAGAUGAUUUGAGAAGACAGACCCAGGCUUCACAGCCUUGUCUUAACUAAGAGCAGCGCAGAUCUAAAGACUCGGAU